AUGUCUGUGGCUCGGCUCUCCACCGAAGACAAUGAUCGGGAAUCCAAAAGGUCUAAGAAGGGAACCUCACCUGUGCUGAGAUUCUCGGACGAGGAUAAAAUUGGAACCAUCCAAUCCCAUGACAAUGCUCUAGUCGUUACACUUAGGAUUGGGGGGUUUGACGUGAAGAGAGUACUGGUAGAUCAGGGCAGUGUUGUGGAAGUAAUGUACACUGAUCUGUACAAGGGGUUAAACCUAAAGCCUGAAGACCUAACGGCGUAUGAUUCCCCUUUGGUGAGUUUCGAAGGGAAGACUGUUACACCAAGGGGACAGAUCGGACUGCCUAUACAGACCGGUUCAAACGUGGUGGAGGUGGAUUUCAUUGUGGUCGACACCUAUUUGCCGUACACAGCUAUAGUGGCCAGACCUUGGCUCCACGCCCUAGGAGCCAUUUCUUCUACACUUCACCAGAAGGUGAAAUACCCGUCAGAGGGCCGAGUAGAGGAGAUUGUAGGAAAUCAGGCCAUGGCUAGACAAUGCAUGGUGGCUGCCAUCUCACGCCAAUCCAAUGCAGAAUCCUUGGCCUCUAUACAAAAGGAUUUAUAG